ACUUGUCCCAGACAGCAUGCCUCCGUCCAUUAAUACAAGAGCAGUGUACAUUCCACCAGCAGAGCGCGGGCUGCCGGCCCUGGCUCUUCACGUCAUAGGCAUGGUGGACUCGUACAUGCUCUGGUUGGGUGUCACCGAGGAAUUGCCCGACACCGUCCAGAAUGCACCGUGUUCAGGAUCAUUGUGUAAAGACUGGGCGUGUGCAAUGCCUCCGUCUGGAUGCCAAAUGUUGGGGCCAGUAUCGCCGUUGUUUCGCACGUCUGGGUCGGACAUUGCGUUGUCGAUGGCACAGCGGCUUGCGCAGAAGUUCCGCAAACAAAUAUUCUUGUCCGUGGAUAUACCAUCGGUCUAUCUUGCGGCCCCUUAUGGGUCUCGCCUGCUGCUUGACGCAGAAAAAAGGAUUGUCGAGGACACUAGAUUACAAUGUUGCAUUGUGAUUUGUUAGUAGUAGUGAUUUUUAUUUUCCUGCCCUUAUU